GCUUUGAACUUAGUCCGUAACUUCAGUUUUUACAAUUUGACAACUUCGUUAACGCGUCGUGCGCUGCCUACCUCAGUUUCUAAUUCUAAAGCAUUUCCUGUUAUUUUGAGAGACAGACGUCCCACUCAGCGUUUGAUGACCGAUGUUGAGUUUAUCAACUGCUGAUGUUUAUCGACAUGGAUGAGGAAUCCAAGAUCACCUUGACAGCGACCAACAAACGAGAGUGGCCAAACUCAACCCUAAAGGCACUGAACACAUUCCGGCAGUCUGAACACUCCUUAUGCGAUGUCUUCCUCCAAGGGGAGGAUGAUAUGCCCAUGGAACCAGUCCCCGCCCAUCGGUGCGUGCUUGCUGCCAACAGCGUUUACUUCCAUGCCAUGUUCACAUCGGGGCUUGCGGAGAGUAAACAGGACCACAGGGAGAUCUCGAUCCGUGGGGUAAACACAGAGAGUCUGUCACUUAUCGUGGAGUUCCUCUAUGUGGGAAGCUGUCGUCUGCCUAGCGGAACCAUGCGUAGAGUGAUGGACCUGCUUGCUGCUUCGACCAUGCUGCAGGUUGAUGAGCUUUCCCAUGCAUGCAGCAUCUACCUUGAAAAGUGCUUAGACUCUGACAGUGCACUAGAGCUGUGGCUGUUUGCCGAGAGUUAUGGAGUGUCUGACCUGGCUGAACCUUGCAAGAGGUAUGUCCAGUCAUAUUUUCGGUCGAUCAGCAGUAGCCAGCGUGUGCUUGAGGUGGAUCAUCAGGAUAUGGCAGCCCUGCUUGGUCUCGAGGAGGUCAAUUUAGGGAAUGCAGCAAAUGAAGACACCCUGGUUGAACUACUUCUGAGAUGGGUGACCAAUAACCCCAAAGCUCUUGACUCAGAUCUGCUUCCUGUUCUCGGUAAGGUAUGUUGGAGUGAAGCCAGCCAAGAGUGCAAGGACAAAUUCAGAGAGACACUUGCUGAAAUCUCUAAGGACAGUUCGCCAGAAUCUUUCCAGGCUAAAGAGGUUUUUGAUACCAUCUCAAAAUCAUCAUCUUUGAACCAAAGCUUCAAUCGAACCUUCUUCUGCUCGGUGUGUGCUAUAGGAGGCCUUCAGAAUUCAAGGGCAGGACGACGAUGCCCACAAACCAGUUCGAUGGAGGUUGCAGACAUCGACACGAGGACCGGCACAGUCCUCAGGCAGUGGUCCAAGCCGAGGGGGUUCCACGGGCGACAGUCGACUAGCAACAUCAAUCCGCAGUACCACUUCCUACCGUUCCGUGGUCACCUCUAUGCAUUCUACUCCUUCAAUCAAGAUAGAAACCUCUUAGCAUCAGCCAACUCAAAUCGCUAUGGCAACAAACCUGACGAUGUGCUUUGCCUAAGUGUGGCUAACAUUAUGAAUGCCAAUCUGAAAGUGUUGAAGACUAGAAGUUUGAAUGUAGAGUCGGUGUGGUGGGACUUGAUUGACAAGCAUAAUUAUGCACUUGCCAGGGAUGAGGAAAGGGGCGUGGUCUAUCUGUGUGGGUGUGCAGAGCAGAGGGAAGGUACCUCAUCUAAACGGGUCUUCAAGUUGGAUAUCGAGAAUAACGACUGCUCUGAACUGACCAGUCUACCAUUUGGAAGAUCUCAUCAUAGAGCGGUAGUGGUAGAAGGAGACCUAUUUGUACUUGGUGGAAUAGACCGGUUACUAACCCCUCUCUCAACUGUCCUUAAAUAUGACUGGAAAAACAAUGCGUGGGAAGAAGUGAGGUCCAUGCAUGAGCCCAGAAUAGAUGGAGCCUAUGCCUGCGUUGAUGGCAGGAUAUAUGCAUCAGGUGGAUCGACCUCCAAAGUUCGUUCAAGAAAUGUUGAGGUGUACAACCCUUCUCUGAACAUCUGGACAACACUAAGUCCAUUGUCGGUACCCAGGGUCAACCAUGCAUGGACUCGUUGCUGUGGGAACGUAUCUCUUUGCUAUGGGCGGUCAGUCGUAUUCCGGAGAAAACGGUGGUGCCAGGAACGUCCAAAGAACGGUGGAGAGGUACAGCAUCACAGAAGGUUGUUGGGAGGCUGCUUGGGAGAUGGCAGAGUGCAGAUGGGGGAUGACAGCUUUCACCCUCUAGAACAGUGAUGUAUUAAAUUCCUUAAAGAAAUGUCCACAAAAACAGAAGAACGAUACAGCAUCACCAAAGGAUGUUUGAAGCUGCUGCGGAGAUCGAUACGUCAGUGCUGGUGGGAAUUUAUUUCUCUAACUAUUGGAGAUCGGUGGUUCAAAGUGCCUUUCCCAAUAUGAUGAUCCCACUAUAAUUUCCUUGCCCAGACUUCCAUGGUUUUGACCCUUUCCCGUGCAAAAUUAUUGAAGGUCAAAAAGGU